GCUUAGAACAUAAGAACUACAGUGUAAACACGAAGUGAUCUUCUCUAUAAUAUAUUGUGUUAGCCAAACAAAAUGCCUAGUAAUUGUUGCUGUGUGCCUGAAUGUCACGAAAGAGGUGGACAUCUGUUUCCAUCGGAAAAUAUCAGGAGGGACAAAUGGAUCGUUGCUAUUAAACGCUUGGACGAAACGACAAAGAAAUUGUGGGAACCAUCAAAAUCGGCCGUUGUUUGCAAACGGCAUUUCACUCCCGAUGAUUAUGUGACAGAGACCAUUCAAGGACAAAAACCCUUGUCAGGAAGACUUAAAAGUACUGCAGUUCCCAGUAUUUUUUCUUGGAAAAAGGGAGAGCCUCAAGCCGACAGUUCAUGGGCAACAAGGACAGAGAAAAGAACAUCAUUGAAAAGGAAAUUUGAUGAACUUUGCCAAGAGGAGCUAGAGACGAGCUUUGCGGCGGAUUGUCAGGAGGAAAUUAUUGUUACAGAAGAUAACAAUAAUUUAACAGGAAAUGAUAUUGACAUUAUUCCGUCUACAAAAGAUUCUUCAACUCAGACUGACAAACAAGCAAUGUUUUUGGUGGAGAAAUUUGAAAAAGAUAAUGAGGCAAUACAUUAUUACACUGGACUAGAAACAUAUGCAAAGUUCAUGAUGUCAUUACAUUCACUCGGACCUGCUGCAUUCUGUUUAAAUUAUGUAUUUUUUCAAGUUCAGGGCCUAUCAGUUCCAAAUCAGUAUUUCAUGACCCUUAUGAAACUGCGACGAUACACACCAAAUUUUGAGCUCUCAAGAUUUUUCGGUAUUUCUGAAAAUAGUGUAAGAAAUAUUGUGUUUACUUGGAUUUUAUUCAUGUUUAAACAAUGGAAAGAGAUAUCUAUUUGGCCUGCACAAUCUUUAGUGUACUACUUCUCUCCAAAUGACUUCAAACAGAAAUUUCCAACUACUCGGGCUGUAUUGGAUGGUACAGAAUUUCCAAUAAAAAAACCAAGUUCUCCCAGAGCACAACAAGCCACAUUCUCGACAUAUAAGAACAGGAAUACCAUGAAAUCUAUGAUUGGGUGUACACCUGGAGGGCUUAUUAACUUUAUUAGUCCAGCAUACUGUGGAUCUACUAGUGAUAGACAGAUUGUGGAAAGAAGUGACUUAAAAAAUAUGUGUAACCCUGGUGACAGUUUAAUGGCUGAUAAAGGAUUCAAUGUGCAGGAUAUCUUUGCACCAAGAGAUGUAACUAUAAAUAUCCCAUCUUUUUUUAAGAAGAAAAAUCGUAUGUCCGGUAAAGCUGUUAUACAAGACAGAAAAAUUUCUAGCAAACGCGUGCAUAUAGAAAGAAUUAUUGGAUUAGGCAAAACCUACAGAAUACUUACACAACCCCUGACUGGUACAGAAGCUGCUCUAUCUAGUGAAAUAGUAUACAUAUGCUAUAUGUUAUGCAAUUUCAGAUCACGCAUUGUGUCAUCAAAUGCUUGACUUUUUGGUAGUGAUUUAUGAUUUAUAUUACACUUAAAUAAUUUUGUGUGAAUUCAAACUUGAUAUUAUACAUGUACAUGUAUUAUUAUAUUUUAAUGCAUUGAUAUAAUUUGUACAUGUAUUACCUGGUAAUAAGA